AGGACGACACCAGUACAGCCCAAGCGUCGGCAGUCACCUCGUUUCCUCUCCCUCCCUCCCGUUCCCCUUCGUCGCCACCCCAAUCGCCGCAUCCCUCCCCAAAACCUCACUAGUCACCACCCACCACCAUGGAUGGCUCUGCCUCCCCCGCCGCCGACGUGGCUGACACGCGGGGAGAAGAUGCUCCGUGCGAAGAAGAGCCCGGCAACGGAAUACUGUUAGCAGCCCUUGAGGGAUAAGGAGCUAGAGGAAGGUUCUAAAAGGGGAAGAGGAUCCGAAGGUGGAAGAUACACAGAAGAAGAAGAGAGGAACGGAAGAGAAGCUAGGAGACGGUUUUGUUCUGGUCAUGUUCGAUGGUCUCUCUGGAUGGUGUUGUUUGCCCUUUUGUACCGAUGGCCCGGCGUGCGCUAGCCUGGAGCUAGCCCAACCAGCUCGAUGCCUAACAUUUCCCUUCCAUUGAAAUACGGCUUGCCCCCAAACCGUUGUCGUUACGUCGCCUAGGUCCUAUGGAACAUCAUGAUCGGCAAGGUCGACGGUGAUCAGACCGGCGCUGCACCCCAUGCCGCCGAGCACGACCUCCACUGUGUGACGAUGUGUGCGAUGCUGGCGUGGUGACGUGCCGCGUCCCACUCCACCUGCUCGUUGUGCACUCUGAUGACAGUGUCGACAACGCGUGGUUCGAGCGAAUGAAGCGUGUUGACGAUGAUGCCCUGGGAGCGGCAGAGGUCGAUGCACAUGUUCAGGAAGCCGUCAUAGACCACCACCACCAGCCGCAUCGCGUUGCAGUUGUAUUGUGCCGCAUUCUGCGGCGUCGCGCCCAUCUCGUUGGGGUCUCCCGCGGAGGGCCACCCGGUCUUCGAGACCCACACCACCACCACGCGUGAUGUCACGAUGUUCGUCGCCGUGAUGGCGUGGUACAUGGCAUCCACCUACGCCAUGAGGAGGUUGGGGUAGUGCCACCCAGAGUUGGGGUCGGAGACGUCGACAUAGCUUGGCUCGAGCAGCGCGUACUCAAGCUCCAGCUGCCGCCCGUCCGCGUAACCCAUCGGCCGCGAGAUGGCGAAUAGGUCGUCGCAGUUCCCGCAGUCCAGGUCCCCCAUCAUGGUCGGCCACGACGCAGACGCAGACGAGCCAAACGCCUCGCUGUGCACAAACAUGCCUAGCGACGAGGCCACCGAGCCGGCUGGGCACCACUCUUAGGGGGCGAGACCAACGAGGAGGCGUCAGUUGCUAUCGUUGCCUGCGCGUCGGUUCGCCACUCCCACGUGCAUCUCCUGCAGCUCGCGCUCCAGAGCGGCGCACAUGGAGUCUCCCGCCGCACCACGGACGACCGUGCCACAAACAGCAACCUGCUCCGGAGUAUCUCCACCGCCUCCGCGUGCGUGCCCCGCUCCGCUGCCGCCCGAGUCGCGGCGAUGUCGUCCAUCGCUUUCUUCCGGACGCUCUCGCACUCGACCUCCAUGUACACGCACGCAGGCCUCCACUCCGUUGAGCUCGUGGAGGAGGUGCGGGUGGAGGAAGGUGUCUGGGAGCAUGCUGCAAAAGCUGUUGGGGUUGAGGUGGAGCAGCGCGAGGUCGGGUAGCCCCCACGGUAGGUUGGCGGGAAGGUACCCGGCAACAUCGGUGUGGUUGAGGUUAAUGUCGGUCACGGAAAACACGCCAUCGGCAGGGUGCGGCGCAUAGUAGACACCAUUGUAUCCGCAGAUGCUGGGACCGAUCCAGUUGGCGUGAAGUUGGCCGGUUCGGAGAAGGUGAGGGAGAAACGCUCAUCGUUGGAGUUGGAGCAUUUUGUCGAGCAGUUGAUGGAUGUGGUGCCGGAGAAUACAUAGUGGAAGGCUCCCACGGCGGAGGUCUGGUUGGGCGCGAUGUCGUUGAUGCUAAGAGGCUUCAGGUGGCUCGUGGAAAGCAGGCCGAGGAUCUUCUCCACGGUCAAGCCGCCGCGGAAGGACGUGUCGUUGAGCUGGCUUAGCCCCUCCGGAGCGCGCGUGAUGGCCUCCAGCAUGCGCUGCUUCGGGGGCACUGGGGCCAGCUCCCCCGUCAGUGGGGAAAACAUGUCGAAGUUGUGGGGCCAGUGGCCGUCACCAGAGCCCGAUUGCCGGAUACCCCAGUUAGAGCCGCUGGUGCCCUCAAUGUAACUCCCAACCUCGGUGAUGCCAAAUGAGCUGAGGUGGUUGGCUAGGCCAACGCCGUUGAGCAUCAGCAGUUGCGGGCUACUCAUGGCGCCUGCCGAGAGUCUGAUCUCGUUGUCGUGGCCCGCGUUGAAGUACAUCUUGAGCGGCCUGGGAAAUGGUAAAGGUGAGCUCUCCUUCAGCGUGGCCCCGUCGAUUGCAGCGGCCACCUUGCACUCGCCCAGAUUGAAGGUGGAUUUAGCACGGAUGUUGACUGGAUCGCCGACUCCUGGUGUGGAGAGGGUGAUCUCGACGUCCGCGUAGUCGAGGAAGGUUGGGUCAAAGAUGGCUUCCUUGGUCUCGGCUUGGAGAGGCCUCGCAUCCCACUUCUUCGCGGCGACGUCGAUCCGCUCGCACAGCUUCCUGAUCUCGGUGAGGAGAAGGGCGCAUGCUUCAUCCGUCAUGGUGGCCAGGAAGGAUAGCUCUGAUACAAGUUGUUAGCAGUCCUUGAGGGAUAAGGAGCUAGAGGAAGGUUCUAGAAGGUAAAGAGGAUCCGGAGGUGGAAGAUACACAGUAGAAGAAGAGAGGAACGGAAGAGAAGCUAGGAGACGGUUGUGUUCUGGUCUUGUUCAAUGGUCUCUCUGGAUGGUGUUGCUUGCCCUUUUGUACCGAUGGCCCGGCAGUGCGCUAGCCUGGAGCCAGCCCAACCAGCUUGAUGCCUAACAAAUACUCAUUAACUAGUUUGAGUAAGGUUGCUGUUACAGUUGAAAGAAAUAUGCUUUAAACUAACUGUUCUAUCCGAAAAUAGAAAAAAGUAGGUGCUUUUCAAGAGCCACCGCAGUACAAUCUCAUUUCUUCGAGACUGAACUAAUCGAGUUGAUCAUCUACUUGGGAUUACUAUUGAAUGCCGAACAUCUGCUUACUGUUAGAGUUGUGAUAACAAUGCCUGACAUUCCUCAUUCAGCUGAGGAGACAUAUCAACAUGAACAGACAGUCUACUUUCCAGAGGAACUAGUGGACAACUGGUCAUCUUUUUCUUUUCUUGGCUUAUAUUACUGCUACAAGAUCUCGAUGCGAGGGUGUUUCAACUCAACUACUGCUCCAACCGACUUAAUUUUAGCUGUCAAAUGUGACAUGGGAUCCGAAUUCCUCUGUAACUCAUUUAACUUGGGCGGUAUCGAAGUUGCCAUGGAAUACGUGCGCAUCAUUCAUCUAAAUAAAGAACAGGUCAUUUUCGCCAGAAGAUUUCAGACAACCAUUCUUUCUUUGCUUAUUAACAAUGACCAUUCUAAGGUCAGCCAUGCUUUAAAAUACUUCCAUCAACUUCAAUUAUCUCCGGGGGUUGUCUAUCUACUUCUGCCUUCAGUUUCUGGAAAAGUUGAUUGGUGCAGUAUCAAGUUCUCAACUUCACCAAUAUAUGAAGCUACUGACAAAGAUAUGAGACACUGCCAUUCUUGUAAAGAUGCUGAUUUACUGCAGACGGAAGAUGGUCCUUUCUGCAGGUGCAUGCUUCAGAAUUCUAUUGUCUACACCCCUCAUAAUAGAAUGUUUUAUGCUGUUACUGGGUUUCUUGACUUGAAUGCCAAUUCACUUCUGCAUCGAAAUUAUGGGAGUGAUGUUAGAUACAAAACCCAUUUUAAGACUAGGCAUGGCCUCAAUUUAACAUAUGAAGAUCAACCUCUCUUGGCUGCCAGUAACCUGUUCAAAGUGCGGAACUUCCUCCAUAAGUGCCAUUAUAAAAAAGAAAAAGAACCUAGCGGUCGAAAUGCUGUUGAGUUGCCGCCUGAACUCUGCAGAGUAGUCAUGACACCGGUGUCAGCAAAUACUUUGUGCAUCUUCUCAUUUGUUCCUUCAAUAAUGUACCGUAUACAGUACCUACUUCUUUCUGAGAAGCUGAAAAUCCAGCUGGGCCCAAGCAUGCAACAGUUCAGCAUGACAGCUCUGAAGACACUGGAAGCUCUUACAACAAAUGAAUGCCAGGAGGAAUUUUCACUGGAAUCAUUAGAAACGCUUGGGGAUUCCUUCCUUAAGUAUGUUACAACUCAACAUCUUUUUAGCAAGUACAAACUUCAUCGAGAGGGCGUGCUAACCUCUAUGAGGGAUAGCUUGGUCUCCAACGCAGCUUUAUGCCAGCUGGCCUGCAACAAAAAUCUUGUGGGAUACAUUAGAAAUGAAGUGUUUAGCCCAAAAAGUUGGAUCAUUCCAGGACUUGGUUAUGACACACGUGGAAACAGCAAAAUUUUCUGCCUAAGCACCAAUAAUAUGUACGUUCUGAAGAAAAUAUCCAUAAAAAAUGAUAGGAUUGCAGAUACAGUUGAAGCCCUGAUUGGGGCCUAUCUCAGUGCUGUUGGUGAACAGGCAGCCUUUCAUUUCAUAAAAUCACUAGGAAUGGAUAUUGAGUUUCAUACUAAAAUGCCAGACGAAAGGAAAAUUACAACAAAAUAUGAAGAAUUCAUUAAUGUGAGAAGCUUAGAGACAAUGCUUGGUUAUGUUUUCCAUGAUCAUUCAUUGUUAAUGGAAGCUUUGACACAUCGUUCCUAUCAGACUUCUGGCACUACGGCAUGCUAUGAGAGGCUUGAGUUUCUCGGAGAUGCUGUAUUGAACCACAUUUUCACCUUGCACUUCUACAACCAAUACUACCCUAAAUGCACUCCAGCAUUAUUGACAAAUCUAAGAAAAGCUUCCGUGAACAACUGUUGCUAUGCACAUGCAGCUGUUAAAGCAGGAUUACACAGGCAUUUACUUCAUUCGUCAUCAGAACUAAAACACGUGAUCAACGACCUUGAGAAUUUGGGGCGGUCAUUUUCAGGCCCAUCGCAUGGCUGGGAACCUGGCAUUGGUCUACACGAGGACCUCGCAGAUCUGAUCGAAUCAAUAGCCGGCGCAAUCUACCUCGACAGCAAGCAUGACAAAGAGGUUGUCUGGAGAGCCAUGAAACGACUGCUGGAACCUCUUGCCACUGCCGAGAACGUGGAGCCUGACCCUGUGACAGAGGUGAAAGAAUUAUGCGAGCACAUAGGUUUCCGUAAGCCAUCCUACUCCAGAACUCGUGAAGAUGGAGUGACAACGGUGGUUGCAAAGGUGUUGGCCGCAGGGACAGUGUACUCUGGAACUGGAACCGGUCGUAAAAAGGAUGUGGCAAAGAUGUUUGCGGCCAAGGCGCUGCUCCAGGAACUGAAGGCCGCAGCACUAGACAGUCCAGAUGAUCUGUUUAGUUGCUUGCACAUUUGAUAGGUACUUUUACAGCGGCCAAGUCGGUUACUAGCCUGUGGCCAAGGUACUAACUAUGGGUUGAUCACUCCCUAUGGUAUUUUUGUUUUAUUGGCACUCCCUAUGGCAUUGUUUUGAAGUGGGAGAAUUAUUUUUCGGUGCUGAGCGUGCUAUAGACAAAUUUUGUCCACUGCAAUUUGACUGUAAAAAUAUUCACAAUUUGAGUUGUACUUGUGCAUAUGUAUAUUUAGGGGUAAAAGAUGUAACUAAAUUGAAUAUAUGUUUGCUAUGUAACCGGUGAUGGAUUUUUUU